AUGGUCACAACCAGAGGGGGAAAUUCCAAUGGUGCACUCUGUCACUUCCCAUACCUUUACAAUGGCCGUAACUACACUGACUGCACUGCUGACGGCAGGAGAGAUGGCAUGAAAUGGUGCGGCACAACUUAUAACAAUGACCGAGAGCAGCGGUUUGGCUUCUGUCCCAUGGCAGCUCAUGAGGAGGUGUGUACCACUGGUGAGGGUGUAAUGUAUCGUGUGGGAGAUCAAUGGGAUAGACGCCAUGAUGUUCUGGGUCACAUGAUGCGCUGUACAUGUGUGGGCAGUGGCCGUGGAGAAUGGAGCUGCAUCGCCUACUCUCAACUCAAAGACCAGUGCAUUGUGGAUAAUUUGACCUACGAAGUAAAUCAAACUUUUACUAAACAGCAUGACGAAGGCUACAUGAUGAACUGCACUUGUUUCGGUCAAGGCCGUGGACGCUGGAAGUGUGACGCUAUCGAUCAGUGCCAGGAGCCAGAGACUAGAGUGUUCUAUCAGAUUGGAGAGUCCUGGGACAAACCCAUUCAGGGAAUCCACUACAGAUGUUACUGCUAUGGAAAUGGCAUUGGAGAGUUGAGCUGCGAGCCUCAGCAGUCUUUCGCUAGUGGUCAUCGUCCAGUCCAGGUGAUUAUAUCAGAAUCUGGCAACCAGCCCAACUCCCACCCCAUCCAAUGGAACGUGCCGGCUUCUGCUCACAUCACACAGUACAUACUCAGGUGGAGACCGAAAAAUACCCAUACCCAAUGGAUGGAGGUCACUAUUCCAGGCCAUCUGAACUCUUACACCAUUGCUGGACUAAAGCCUGGAGUCACCUACGAAGGUCACCUCAUCAGCAUCCUGAGUUUUGGACGUAGAGAAACCACUCGCUUUGAUUUCUCCACCGUGCAUGGAUCAUUGGCAACCUCUGAGGGAGAGACCACCUUGCCUCCUCCAAUGGUGGACACCUCUGAGUCUGUGACUGAGAUCACUUCCAGCAGUUUCGUCAUCUCUUGGGUGUCUGCGUCCGACACGGUGUCUGGAUUCAGGGUGGAAUAUGAGCUGAGUGAGGAGGGAGGGCAGACUGGACAGCCCAUGGUCUUGGACCUCCCUCAUACGGCCACAUCCGUAAACAUCAGUGAACUUCUCCCAGGAAGGAAGUACACUGUAAAUGUGUAUGAAGUGACAGGAGAAGGAGAACCUAACCUGAUCCUUACUACUUCCCAGACCACAGCUCCCGAUGCUCCUUCUGAUCAUGAAGUGAAGGAGGUGGGGGAGACCUCCAUCCUCAUCAGCUGGUCUAAACCCGUAGCUCCCAUCACAGGUUACCGUGUGGUUUACACACCAUCUGAAGAGGGAAGUUCUGGUAGCACUGAGCUGAACCUGCCUAACACAUCCACAUCACUGACCCUGGGUAACCUUCGUCCUGGUCUGCUCUAUAACAUCAGCAUCUACUCAGUGGAAGAGAAUCUGGAGAGUGAACCUAUAUUUGUUCAGGUCACCACUGCUGGAGAACCACUGGCAG